AAAGGAUCACAACGUUUGAAAAAUGUGUCAUCACAAAAAGCAAAAAUAUCAAAUCAUUGAAAGAGACUUAGAGAGCAUAAUUUGAAACUGUAUUCUUACUAUAACACCCAAAAAGAGUUGUAAUCUUGUAGAUAACAAAUGGAGUUUAUAUUUCACAUACCCAAUCAGCUCUCUGCUGCAACUACAACUGUGCUCGCCUUGUUAUUAUUUCUUUGCUGCCUGCUACAAUGGAAGAAGUGUAAUGGUAAAGGAAAACCUCCCAUGCCAUCAGGUUCAUGGCCUGUUAUUGGCCAUCUUCAUCUACUAGGAGAGCUUCCUCACAUAGCCUUAGGUAAAUUAGCGGAUAAAUAUGGUCCAAUCUUCAUGAUUAAGCUUGGUGUCCGCCAAGCCUUAGUUGUAAGCACGGCAGAGAUGGCAAAAGAGUGCUUAGGAGGCAUCAACGACAAGGUAUUCUUAAACAGGCCCCAGACAAUUUUUGUAGAGAGAAUGGGUUACAACUCUGCCAACUUUGGAUUCAGCCAAUAUGGCCAAUACUGGCGUGAGAUUCGGAAACUAGCCACCAUUGAACUCCUGUCCAAUCAUCAGACAGAAAUGUUCAAAAGUGUUAGAAUCUCAGAAAUAAGAUCAGCAAUGAAGAUAAUUUCGGCUCGUGGCUCUGAAUUUAUAGACAUGAAACAAUGGUUUAAGGAUAUAAGCAUGAAUACUAUAGUAAGGUUAAUAUCUGGAAAGCCAUUAAAGGAAUUCUACCAAGGUGAGCAAUAUGAUCAGUGUGCAAACACAUUCAGGGAUUUAGUUGAAUUAGCAGGAGCUUUCAUCCCUGCCGAUUCGCUUCCUUUUUUAAGGUGGUUAGAUAUUGGAGGAUACGAGAGAAAGAUGAAGAAGGUUGCUGAAAAGAUCGAUCAUAUAGCCGAAGAGUGGUUGGCUGAACACAAAAAGAGAAAAGUAUGCAAAGAGACUCGAACAAGGUAUGAUUUUAUGGAAGUAAUGCUUGGUAUAUAUGAGACAGAACAGAAAAAUCCUUCAAAUUUUGAUGCAGAUACAGUCAUCAAAGCUACAUGUAUGGCAUUGAUUUUAGCGGGAGCAGACACCACAGCAGUAACCCUAACAUGGGCACUAUCAUUGCUACUAAACAACAAAGAUGUGUUGAAGAAGACUCAAGCUGAACUAGAUGCUAUGGUCGGUAAAGAACGACAGGUGGAGGAAUCAGAUCUCAAGAAUUUAGUCUACUUGCAAGCAGUUCUUAAAGAGACUUUAAGACUCUACCCUGCAGCGCCUCUAUCAGUCCCCCGAGAAGCCAUUGCAGACUGCACUGUGAGUGGUUACCAUAUCCCAGCUGGCACUGAACUCUUUGUUAAUCUUUACAAAAUUCACAGAGAUCCAAAAGUGUGGCAAGAUCCUUCUGAGUUCCGUCCAGAAAGGUUUCUUAUAACUAGUAAAGAUUACGAUGAGAGAGGGCAAACUUUUGAAUUUAUGCCUUUUGGAAGUGGUAGGAGGAUUUGUCCUGGUAUAUCGCUUGCACAUCGGGUCAUGCAGUUUACACUAGCUAAUUUACUCCAUGGAUUUGAGGUCUCAACUCCAUCAGGUGAACUUGUAGACAUGAGUGAGGGUUUUGGACUAACCAAUCUGAAAAUCACACCACUUGAAGUCAUCCUUACACAUCGCCUUCCUCAAAACAUUUACAAUAAUUCGACCAUGGCUUUCAAUUGAUUUUCAGGUGUGUCCAAUAUCUGAUGCCUACAAACUUUCAUAUGGGACUUAUCACUUAUGGUUUUCACAAUGCUUUUAUGUUUGACAUUAAAAUGAACUACUUGGUCAUAGGGACUAUUAGGAAAAUAUUUACACAAUAUUUUCCUAGUAGGGUCAUAGUUGCCUUCCUAAAAGGAAAAAGAGAUAAUUCAGUUUAUACAGAUGGUUUGAGCAUGCUGAACUGCAAUCCAUGUAGCCAGACAGUGUUUUGCUAUGCUAAUGUAAUUUCUUUCUUCAAGAAAUCGCACUUCCUGUCUUGAAUGUAUUUUAUGAGUUUGUACAAACCUUAGCCUUACAUGGUUCAUGAAACUAGUGUUUCCUCA